UGGUACUGUAAACGGAAGAGAAGACGACAGAUAAACUCAUUAUGCUGGAGGAGAAUGUUGUCUUUAUGCUCACUGAAACGGCUUGGAAUUGUCUUUGAAAAUGUUCCCCCGGCGCUGAUAAAAAGGGGUAAAUACUUCUUUGAAUAAAGGGAGUUUAGUCGUUUUUGCUCAGAGCAGAGCACGGCUGCAGAAGGACAUAGAACGGCGUCGUGUUUUUGCAAAGGGCUUUUGGGGUGGCAUUUGUUGUGAAUUGGCACUACUGAGCCGAAUUGAAUGGAAGCUCAUAUAAGUGGAUUUGUGUUUGAAUACUGCAGGCUUCUGUCAUGCUAAGCUGUUGGAGCUCAGCGUGGUUUAUAGUUUUGUGCUUACUGCAGUUUUUUUUUAUGUCACAAACAUAGUUCCUUUAAAAUUCCAUAAUCUCAAUUUUAUUAUUGUAUUUUAACAUCAAAUUGCAUAUUUUUCUACAGUGCAUUAUUUGAUAUAUUGAAAGGAUAUGAAAAGACAUAUUCAGUAAAUUAGAACUUUAACAAAAAGUUCAUUUAUUUCAGUAACUCAAUUCACUCAGUGCAAUACAUUAUAAAGAUUAAUUGCAUGCAGACUGAUGUUUUCAAACCUUUAUUUAUGUUGCUAAAGAGUUUCAGCUUACAGCUAAUAGAACAAAAUUUAAAAGGAGGAUAUAAAAUUAAAAAGUCCAAGAUAUAAGCAAUUUAUUUCAUUCAAAUUCAGUUUUUGACAUAACAAACUCGAUAUCUAAACAUAAUUCCACACGAAAUCCAAGUAAAGGCAUUUUGGAAAAGAUGUUGUGGUCUGUAUUCAAAGUGAACAGGCAGGAAACAGGAAGACACAAGAGGGGAAAACAUGCAGUAAAGGUCUCAAGGUUAAAGCAAACCCUGCAUUGAGGACUUAUCGUCUGUUUAUAUGAAGUAUACCAAUCUCUGUCCUCAAAUUUUACAUUGAAAUACAGUUUGCAUCACGCUCUGCAAAGCAUGUUUACUUUUCCACAUCUUUAAAUAGUUGAAAAAUUCUGUUUGCUUCUGACCAACUUAUUAUUAUGGUUUGUACAUUUUAUCUAUAUUCUUCUCAUUUCCAGUCAUAAUAUAAAUCCUUUUUUAUAUUAAUUAUUGGCACUAAAAGGCCUCCACAUUUCCCAUAACGAUGUGUAUUUUCUUAAAACGUUUCACAUUCCAGUGGAGCGUAAAUGUCACGGGGCGGUGCUACGUUCACUGCCCCCACCCCCUUAAACCACGAGGCUCUAGUGUUGACAGGCCGAUAACCGCCUCAGCAUCCAGCUGGCUGCCAGACAAAGACUGCUCUCUCGUCCUACCGGCUGAACUAUCGCCUGAAAACUCCUCCUUUUCGAAGUUAACAGCUUUUAAAAGCUUUAUUUUAAAGUUUGUCGACCAAGAUAAAGCGUCCGUUCGGACCUUUUUCCCCCUUGUAGUGCAGGACAAACCAACCAGACUCCGCCUUCGCUUAAUUUGUCAACAAAGGGGUUUGACAGGCUCGGAAAGCCCUGCCCCCAUGUUUCCAUAAAAGGAUGAUUUGGGUAUACACGGCCAACAAUCAAACCCUUGCUAACCUUUUCUUUUCACCAUCCACUUCAUAUGGUGCGUUGACUUCCUCCGGCGCUGUGAAAGCAGAGCUAUGAUGGCGGAGCGCGUGCAGCAGCCCCCGGCCAAGCGGCUCUGCUGUCGGCCGGGCUUCGGUGCAACAUGUAGGCAAGGCCAGCGGGCCGCUGGGGCUCUGUGCGGCGGCUCGGCUGCCACCCAGGGCGAGUCGAGCCGAACCCAGAGCCCGGAGUCUCUCCUGGACAUCGCGGCGAGGAGAGUCGCGGAGAAGUGGCCGUUUCAGCGGGUGGAGGAGCGCUUCGAGCGGAUCCCGGAGCCCGUUCAGAGACGGAUAGUGUACUGGUCCUUCCCGAGGAGCGAACGGGAAAUCUGCAUGUAUUCGUCGUUCAACACGGGCGGCGGGGAGGAGGUCGGAAGUGGCGGCGAGAGCGGCGACGAGACGCGGCUGCCGUUCCGACGCGGCAUCGCUCUGCUGGAGAGCGGCUGCGUUGACAACGUACUGCAAGUCGGUUUCCACCUCAGCGGGACGGUCCGGGAACCGGCCACGUCCUCCGAGCCGGAGCUGCUGUGCAACGUCAGCGUCAGCUUCGACCGCUGCAAGAUCACGUCGGUGACGUGCAGCUGCGGCAAUAAGGACAUCUUCUACUGCGCCCACGUGGUGGCGCUCUCGCUCUACCGGGUACGGAAGCCCGAGCAGGUCAAGCUGCGCCUGCCCAUCUCAGAGACGUUGUUCCAAAUGAACAGGGACCAGCUGCAGAAGUUCGUCCAGUACCUGAUCACGGUGCAUCACACGGACGUGCUGCCGACGGCUCAGAAGCUGGCUGACGAAAUACUGUCACAGAACUCCGAGAUCAACCAGGUGCAUGGAGCUCCAGAUCCGACGGCAGGGGCGAGCGUGGACGACGAGAACUGUUGGCAUUUGGAUGAGGAACAGGUCCAGGAACAGGUCAAGCUCUUUCUCUCCCAGGGCGGGUACCAUGGCUCGGGAAAGCAGCUCAACCUGCUGUUCAGCAAGGUGAGAGAGAUGCUGAGGAUGAGGGACUCCAACGGCGCUCGCAUGUUGACGCUGAUCACAGAGCAGUUCAUGGGUGACCCCCGACUGGCGCUGUGGAGGCAGCAGGGGACCACCAUGACUGACAAGUACAGGCAGCUGUGGGACGAGCUAGGCGCCCUGUGGAUGUGCAUUGUCCUGAACCCGCACUGUAAGCCCGAGCAGAAGUCUGCAUGGCUCCGGCAACUCCGCAGGUGGAACGGCGUGGACGUGUGUCCCUUGGAGGAUGGUAACCAUGGCAGCGAGCUGAUCAAUCUGACCAACGCUCUGCCCCAGGGGCCUCUUGGCAAUCCAGACGCUCUGACGGGCCCUCACCGGACCGUCUUCACGCGCGCCAUCGAGGCCUGUGACCUGCACUGGCAGGACCCCCACCUGCAGCACAUCAUCACCGAGGACCACUACAACAACUACUGUUACCACGACAACCUCAACGGCUCUCUCUUUGACUCCAGAGGGUGGCCCCUGUGGCACGAACACGUUCCCACAGCGUGCGCCCGAGUGGACGCCCUGCGGUCACACGGUUACCCCAGAGAGGCGCUACGGCUGGCCAUCGCCAUCGUCAACACGCUGCGGCGGCAGCAGCAGAAGCAGCUGGAGCUUUUCCGCGGCCACAGAAAAGAGCUGCUCCACAGGGGCGUAACAUCCGUCACCAACCUGGAGGGCUGGGUGGGCCACCCUCUGGACCCCAUCGGCACUCUGUUCGCCACCCUCCUGGAGACGGGACGGGGGAGCGACGACGGGGCCACCGCCGACUUCCCAGGCUCCCUGGGCCCUGGCAGGAGGCCGGAGAACCCCGUUUACACGCUGCCGCCGCUGCCUCUCCUGGAGGAAGGCGAGACGUUCGCGGCGCUGGCUGUGGAGACGGCGCUGAUGGGUCUGGGCCAGCAGAGGGCGAUGCCGGACGGCCUCUACGCCCAGGAGAAGGUGUGUCGCAACGAAGAGCAGCUAUUGGCUAAGCUCCAGGAAGUGGACCUGGACGAGGCGCUGGUGAAGAUCCUCCGGAAGCAGGCCGCGCUUCUGCUGGAGGCUGGUCCUUACAGCGGUCUGGGGGAAGUCCUCUACAGAGAGAGCGUCCCCAUGCACACGUUUGCCAAGUAUCUCUUCACCUCCCUGCUACCUCACGAUGCCGAGCUGGCUUACAGCAUUGCACUGAGGGCCAUGAGGUUGCCGGUCCUCGAGUCCACGCCCCCUUCUACUGACUUGUCUCGGCCUCAGCACAUAGUGUCAGUGGUGCCCAAUCGCUACCCUCGCUGGUUCACCCUGAGCCACAUAGAGAGCCAGCAGUGUGAGCUGGCCUCCACCAUGCUCACAGCUGCUAAAGGUGACGCCUGCAAGCUCCACACAGUGUUAGAGUCCAUCCAGAAGAACAUCCACUCUUCCUCUCACAUCUUUAAGCUGGCUCAGGACGCCUUCAAGAUCGCCACGCUGAUGGACAGCCUACCAGACCUUACGCUGCUCAAGGUCUCCCUGGAGCUGGGCCUCCAGGUGAUGAGGUUGACCCUAUCCACGCUGAACUGGCGGCGAAGAGAGAUGGUGCGCUGGCUCGUCACCUGCGCCACUGAAGUCGGUGUGUUUGCUCUGGACAACAUCAUGCAGAACUGGUUCACACUCUUCACGCCGACAGAGGCGACCAGUGUGGUGGCCAGCACCAUCAUGUCCAACAGCACCAUUGUCCGCCUGCAUCUGGACUGCAACCAGCAGGAAAAACUGGCCAACUCCGCCCGCACCCUGGCGCUACAGUGCGCCAUGAAGGACCCCCAAAACUGUGCCCUGUCCGCCCUGACGCUCUGCGAGAAGGAUCACAUUGCCUUCGAGACAGCCUACCAGAUUGUACUGGAUGCAGCCGCCACAGGAAUGAACUACACCCAGCUGUUUACAAUAGCACGGUACAUGGAGCACCGUGGCUAUCCCAUGAGGGCGUACAAACUAGCAACGUUAGCCAUGAUGCACCUUAACCUCAGUUACAACCAGGACACGCACCCGGCCAUCAACGACGUGCUCUGGGCAUGCGCCCUUAGCCACUCGCUGGGGAAGAACGAGUUGGCGGCCGUCAUCCCCUUGGUGGUGAAGAGCGUGAAGUGCGCCACCGUGUUGUCGGACAUUUUGAGGCGGUGCACGCUGACGACGCCGGGCAUGGUUGCACUGCACAGCCGCAGGAACUCUGGGAAACUGAUGUCUUUGGACAAGGCUCCACUCAGGCAGCUGUUGGACGCCACCAUUGGGGCCUAUAUCAACACAACGCACUCUCGGCUGACGCACAUCAGCCCGCGCCACUACAGCGAGUUCAUCGAGUUCCUCAGCAAGGCCAGGGAGACGUUUCUGAUGGCGCACGACGGACACAUCCAGUUCACGCAGUUCAUAGACAACCUGAAACAGAUCUACAAGGGCAAGAAGAAGCUAAUGAUGCUCGUACGAGAGAGGUUCGGUUGAAUGACCGAAUUUCGUCCUGGGAAAAUUUUCAUGGGAUUCUUACUGCGGUGAUUCAGGACUGAUGGCUCUAGUAUAAGGAACAAGGUCUUGAGGCCAAAAAAAAAACAAACUAGGAUGUUAAAAUAAAAAAAAACUAGGAUGUUAAAAUGUUCUGAGCACGAGACGAGACAUUUUGGCAUCGAAACAACCGAAAGUAAUGAAGAUAAAACAGGAAUUUUCAAUCAAUAACAACCUUAAAGCAACACCAAGGGGCAGAUGUAUGAAACUGUGUGUUAAUGGGUAGUAAAAAUAUUACCUUCCUCCUCCCAGGGUAGUUACAAAAUAAUAAAUGACAGUAUAGCUACUUUGUAGCAACUUUCGGAAGUGUUAAACUCAUUAAAGGCAAAGUUUACCUGGCUAAGACUUAGACUAUGAGUUUUCCUUUAGCGAUCCACGAUAUAUUGGCGAUAACAUUGGUAUCGGCCCAUGUUAGCAAUUUUUUAACAUAUCGGUAUUGGUCCGAUAAUUAAAAGUGGACCGAUGUUAACUGAUGAUUAUUUCCAUCCUGUUUCUGUUUGUGUUUCUGGGAGGAGAGGAGGUUAGUCGUGUGGUAUUUGCUUGGUCAUGCGACAGUGAUAAUGAUGCACCGCAGGAUUAUGGGUAUUUAAGUGAAGCAGAGAAACAAUGUAGGUGAUGUGGCAACUUUAACACGGUGUCGAAAGUGGAGUAAAAUAUUUGUAUUAUAUAUAAUUAUUGUGCAUCGCCCAUGACGGCAGUAUUAAUAUCAGAUAUCGGCUCAAUUUUUUUUUUAAAUCUGUGCAUCCCUGUGAUUCCCAUUAAUCUUUGUCAAAACACUGAUGUCACUGGGAUGAGCUAGCAUGGUAGCAUGAAUGAAAAUAUUUAAACACCUUGCCGAUACUGAAGGCAUCUAACUUUUUUGCCGAGUUUUGCUCAUUGAGGACGAUGUGGUUUAAGAGAAAUGCAAGGAAUGAACAUUUUUGUCAGGACGAAUGUUAUCUAGUUUGGUUUUGAGUGCACCCACUCGACACAAGAGAAUCAGAAUCCCAGUUUAUAAACUGAGAAUAAUUUGUUCCAGUUUUGACUGGAGCUUUGUAAGAAUAAAGCAUCUCAGAGGAGUUUUCUCAAUAGAUAAUUGGAAAAAAUUAUGCAAAUUUAGCUUUGUAUAUUCCGGAAUUGUCAACAAAAUCAUGAAAAAUACCAGUCUGCCAACAUGCUAAUUGUGAAGCAAUUUUUUUGGUUUAGUCCUUUAGCAUUUUUGCUAACUUUGAAAAAGUUUAGUGCACUUAACUUUCCCUUAAUAUAUUUUUCUGGUUCAGUUCUAAAGUGCCAAUUUAAUUGGCUGUCGUGUAAACUUUAAAGUUUUAAGUAAAGUUUAACAUCUAUGUUGAAGUUUUGGUUAUUAACAUUUACAUUCAUGCUCUUAUUUUGAAACAAGUGAAGACUGUUUAUACAGCAGGUCUGUUUCCUCUCCUGACAGGUGUUACUGACACCUGGUGUGUAUCAACAUGGUUGAAUUUAUCACUCAAGUGGAUUAGCUUUGGCUUCUGCUAAAUACAGUAUAGUGGAUUAGCAGCAGUGGAACUAAUGUUUUAGGGUUAGCACAACUAACUUUUUAGCUAGCGGUGUCCACCACUGAAAAUUACCAGCCAGCAUCUCCCCGGUGUGAUGAGCACAUUUAGAUGUAAAAACAUCCAAAUCAAAAUUUGUGGAUUACUCAACUUCAAGAUUUGACUUAAAAGGCUUUGAUUCGAUGUUGGUGACAAUUCAACCAUAUGAAAAGGUGUAGAGCAGGGGUGCUCAAAGUCGGUCCUUGAGGGCUGGCAUUCUGCAUGUUUUAGUUCUCUCCCUGGUUUAACACACCUGGAUCCAAUGAUGGCUCGUUAGAAGGCCUAAGAGGAGCAUGGACAUGCUGAAAAGGUUGUCACUACCACCAGGAAGUGGUGGUAGUAGCCCAAAGUGGGCCCUCGAGGACCCACUUUGGGCAUCCCUGGUGUACAGAUAGCUUUAGUACACACAGCGUUUCUGCAUCUGAUCCCUGGUGAGGACGUGUAAGAAGCUUGAGUUUUUGAAGAAGUAUCAGUAGUACCUGGAUGUUCUGUUCUUUCCCUUUAUGUGAAAGUGAGAGCUGCUGAAACGUCUGCCUUUGCACUCCUCUGACUCCCCUCAUCUAACGGCCUCAAAGAGAAGUCGAACGGCUUUAAACCAAAUGGUGUAACUCCAUCUGAAAUUACGAGUACCUCUUGUUUUAAAAAAACAAAAUCCAGCUUUACUCCUUUACUUCCCCCCUCCAUGAGGAAAUAAUGAGAAAAUGCCGAAUCGGAGUUCAUUUUGCCGCCUUUUCCCCCCGGCUUCACGGCGUGUCCUACGUUCAGACUGCUCACGUGAACACAUCGGUUGCCAUGGUGUCGACGCUCGCUCGCUCGCUCACGCGGAAGCUGUCAAACUACAUUCUCAGGGAUUUCUCUCCAAAAGCAGACAGAAAAAGAGAACAUACGCAUUUUAUGUGUCCUGUAUAUAUGAAAGCUGAUUAUUGGAAGAAAAAAUAAUAAUUUAUGACAAAAUAUUCUAUGUAAGGCACAAUACUUGAAGCUGCAUUACUUUGGAUUUAUUAUUUCUUUUGCUUUGUUUUUUUUUUUUAAAUGACAAGAGAGAGAAAAAAAGAGAAACAUAUCAGUGCGACUUGAUGUCGGGCUCGCGUUGCGUCAGGAUUUGCGACGCGCCGCCCGCUCCGCCGCGCAGAUACGGACUGAGCUGCGGGAACGCGGGGCGGGAACAGUUCUCCCGAACACAGAGGCACAUUGAGGAUUUCUGAAGUCGGACAAAGAGAGGCCUGUGGAGGCAGAGCGGCCGCCGCUCGCCUCGGUCCACGCCUCUUCUUCUCUCACCUCGACUUUGUGCUGGACAGAAAGUUGCUCUCUGCGGUGGUUCUCGACCGCUUUCACUUCUGCGCCUCUUCUCACCUGAACAGCUUUUUUCCCCUUUCUCUCUAGUAUUCCCCCCUCACAGGAACAGCCUUGUAUCUCGCCUUGUCUUAAUGCUUUAAACGAACCAAACGUGGAGUGGUCUGGCAGUACCAAACUGUGCUCCUCGGCCAACGGACUUGUGUUACAGACUGUGAUUUGUAGCUGGACUGGCUCGGUGCUGUGUUGCUUUAAGAAGCUCAUCUCAUCUGUUUCCGGUGUCGUCUGUUUUGUAGCGUCUUCGUUUAGAAGCGAAUGUUGUUCCCUUUUUUCUUUUUCUUUUUUUAUUUAUUACGUCAGGUAAAUGAUUGUACGACCAUGUCAACAUGCUCAUGAAUAUGAAGAUUUGAUACACUGAUCAAUUUAUUUAUGUAACUAAAUCACUGUUUUAUAAACAACAUUUUGUUCUGAUUAAAUUAGUUUUUUGAGAGGA